GCAGCUCCAGUUUCCAUUCCACGCCGCUCGGCGCUGGCCGCCGGCCGGUCGGUCGCCGGAGCCUCCCCUCUCUGAUCUCUCCUCCGCCACGCGAGCCAGCUCCCUCCCUGUCUCUAAACCUAUUCUCAGUUGGCAUCCUAUCUCCUCUCCAUAUCGGACUCUAGAAAGAGGAACAUUGGUAAUGCCAGAUCGGCGCGCCCGUCUCCCUCCCUGCCGCCGGCGAUGGUUUUGGUCUCUGGUUUCGACCAUCUAAGACUCCUAGUUGGAAUUAACAAAGAUUCUGGUUCAUAAAUUGGACAAGGACUUCAGAGAACUUCAGAGGGGCACACAGAGCACCACAGGAUAAAUCAUGGUGGGGAUAAAUCGCAGCAACAACAGAUUAAGAUGGGUAUUGAGGACAGAACUAUAAACAGAUUGUGAUUCAUGAAUUGGAUAAGGAUAUGGCUUGUAUUGAGGACUUCAGAUGCGCAUACAGAGCACUGCGGAAAAAAUGAUGGUGGGGAUAAAUCGCAACACCAGGUUACCAGCAGCAGCAUAAUUAAGGUUGAGACGAAGGCUGAACACCACGAUGGCUGCUGCAAGAAAUCCUCCCAUCCUAUUGUCUGUAUGCACUGUGUCUGUGGCAAACAGACAGAGCAUGGAGACGAUCCAGGAAGAAAGCAGGCAGGGCAAUUGCGUCGAGUUAAAAAGAUAGACAACUACUGUUCCAAUCCGUGUACUACAGUAGUAGUACUAUACAGUAGCACCGGAAAGCUGCAUGUGAAGUCUAGUCAACGAGAAAUUGCAGCAUUUACUUGAUUGGAUCGCGACUGUGGAAAUUGGGGUGCUUCCGGAAAAAGUCUCCAACUACUACUACUAUAGUACGGUACAAAUUUGGACAAUUUGACCAUUUGAAAAAACUAAUUUUACAAAUAAUUCGUCACCAAAACUUAUUUAAAAAUAUAAUCUUUUUUUCAGCGCUAAAUCAUAUGGCGCUGAAUUUAGAUACUUCCGCACCACGUCAACUGACGCUAAAUGCUGUGUCACCGCGGAUGGGAGGCUAAGUCAGCGUGCCAAUGUACAUUCAGCGUCAUGCUAUUUGACGCUGAGGUAUCUAAAUUCAGCGCCACACAAUUUGACGCUGAACAAAAGAGUCAGUUUUGAAAUAAGUUUUGACGACGGUUUAUUUAUAAAAAUAGUUUUACAAAGGAUCAAAUUAUCAAAAUUUAUGACAGUACGGAGCAAUACUGUUCCUCUUCAGUCUUCCGGAAAAAAUCUCCCCAGUGAAAGCACCCACCCCAACCCCCACCAAAUUAUACUACUCGGCAAGGCAAAUCCUGCCAGACUGGGAGCCAUGGCGAAAUCCAAUGCAUCUCGUGCUUCUGCCACUCGUAGAAAGUUCUACUUCUUGCAGAAAUCUCUGCUUGUCUCUUCUUUGCUUGCGGUUGUUGCAGCAGAUGUUGUUGGAGCAGGGCCAAACCAGCAGUGUUUUCCUUCCUCCUGUGGUGAUCUUGGCAACAUAUCCUACCCUUUCCGUCUUGCAAGCGAUUCACGCCCGUGCGUUGGUACUCUUCGCCCAUGGUACAACCUCUCAUGUAGCAGUGGCAGGGCUACCAUUCAGAUCAACACACGGACGUACUAUGUCACCAGCAUCAACUAUACUGGUGAGAUCUUCUCGGUUGUGGAUGCCACCUUGCAGGAUGAUGAUACAAACGGCACCAGCUGCCCUCUUCCUCGCUCUGAUCACCUUCCUUACAUCGAUUACUGGCCUCCGUAUUUGGGGGAAAGUUCAACCGAUUCUUAUGGUUUUGUCUAUUUGGCCACUGCUUCAGACACUUGGGCAUGCUUUGUGAAUUGUUCCCGAGCAAGAACAGAUACUAUGCCCUGGUACAGGCCAGUUACAUGUCUACUUCCCAACAAUUCAUUUGUUUUUGUCUCGUUUGAUGACUGUGCCGUUGGAGAGCUUCAACCUUCCUGUCGAUAUUUGGCCAUGAUUCCCGUUGACAGAUGGAAUCUACCGGACAACUCCUCACAGCUACAGAAUGCAAGUUACACAGAUAUCAUAGGAUUCAUAAGGAAAGGAUUUAGUGUUCGGUUUCCAUAUCGUCCUGACCAGUACCAGAGUCCUCGUAUGAGCGCCAGGGAAUGCCUGAAGGAUUCAAACAGGUACUUCAAGGAGCGUAUAUCUCAUCCAAGCAUUCUGAAUUUAACCCGUGCUAUUUUCUGGAGCGAAACAAACUCCGAAGUAGACUGCGGAUAUGAAGUUGCCCCCCAAAAAGAUAGGAUUUUUUUGGGAACCAUAGUAUCGGCUAUUGAUAUCAUCAAAUUUCAUUUCGUUUUAUUCAGGUUAGUGUUGGGGUCACUGGUGGUAUUCAUCUUCCUUGCCCACAAGUACUGGAAAACAAGGAUCACGAUCGACGCAGUAGAGAAGUUCCUUCGAAUGCAGCAGAUGAUUGGUCCGACGAGGUUUGCCUACACAGACAUUAUUGCAAUCACAUCCCAUUUUCGAGACAAGCUAGGCCAGGGAGGCUAUGGCUCUGUAUAUAAAGGUGUACUGCUCCCGGGUAAUGUCCAUAUCGCUGUCAAGAUGCUGACUGGUAGCUCCAGCUGCAACGGAGAUGAGUUCAUCAGUGAGGUCUCAACCAUUGGAAGGAUUCACCAUGUCAAUGUGGUGCGUCUGGUCGGGUUUUGCUCUGAAGAAAUGAGGAGGGCACUUGUGUACGAGUACAUGCCUCGAGGCUCUCUUGACAAGUACAUCUUCUCGUCAGAGAAGAGUUUCUCCUGGGAUAAGCUGAAUGAGAUCGCUUUGGGCAUUGCAAGAGGGAUCAACUACCUGCAUCAGGGCUGCGAGAUGCAGAUUCUGCACUUUGACAUUAAACCUCACAACAUCCUUCUUGACGAUAACUUUGUCCCAAAGGUUGCUGAUUUCGGUCUUGCGAAGCUAUACCCAAGGGAUAAGAGCUUCGUCCCUGUGAGCGCUGCACGAGGAACCGUGGGCUACAUAGCUCCCGAGAUGAUCUCUCGGAGCUUCGGUGUCAUAUCAAGCAAAUCCGAUGUUUAUAGCUUCGGAAUGCUACUAUUGGAGAUGGCUGGAGGAAGAAGGAAUGCAGAUCCAAAUGCAGCAAACUCAAGUCAAGCUUAUUAUCCAUCACGGGUGUACAGGGAGCUGACUCGGCGAGAAACAAGCGAGAUCUCUGACAUUGCUGAUAUGCAUGAACUAGAGAAGAAGCUUUGCAUUGUUGGAUUGUGGUGCAUUCAGAUGAGGUCAUGUGAUCGACCGACGAUGAGCGAGGUGAUAGAGAUGCUUGAAGGUGGCAGUGAUGAACUGCAGGUUCCUCCAAGGCCAUUCUUCUGUGAUGAUGAGCAAUUCCCUGGAGUGGAGUCUUACAAUAUGCCAUCUGAUCUAACUGCAAUCUCCGAGGAGCAUGAGGACGACGACGACGAAAGCAUAUGUCUGUUCGAAAGCUACCAGUAACUUAGUAGCAAGUACAUUUAUGAUGAUUGUUUUUACUUAAUUUGUAUGCCCGUUUUGCUGUCUAAAGUUCAAAUAUGCUGAGAUCGAUAUAGUUUUUAUGUUUAUUGUAAGUUUGUAGCACAUAUAAUAAAGUGAGAGCUUGUAAUAUUUAGGAGUGUAUGCUUAAUCUCCACAAGACAGUAUUAUGAAUAAUCUUCUUUAA